GGACGGGCUACGCGAGUCUAUCCGGGGGCUAGAAACCAUCACCAAACGGUACGAGCGCCGCGCCAUGCGCGCCAUGGUUAGCUCCGUCAGAAACCUCAGGUCUAGUCGGGCUCACCGGCGCGCCCGCAAGCUAUCGCUCGAGAUCUUCCAGUUCAACACCUCCGCCAGCAUCAACCGCUUGGUCGCCGACGCCGUCGAUUCCUGGCGUGUUGAGGAUCUCGAGGUUGUCGCCAAGUCCACUGGGCCGACCCUGCUUCGGCAUCCGCCUCCGGUCUACAGAUUCCCCUGUGGCCGCAUCAGCAGCAAGCCCGGCGACUCCCGCUUCCGAAGUCUCAAGCUCGUCAAUUGCUUGCCUCCGUCGCUCGAGGGGUUCACCGCGCUCACCACGCUGGUACUGAGGGACUUGCCCAUGUCCACACCCGUGGCUGUCUACCAAGGCGUGGCCGUCGCGUGCCCGCAGCUCCGAGUUCUUCAUCUCGUGUCCUGCCAGUUCAAGAGAGAGAAAGCCCCUUGGCUGGUAUUGGACUCGCCCAUGUCCGAAAUUAGAGAGCUUGUCGUCGAGGGUGAGUUGAUGGCCGUCAAGCUCCGCUCUCUCCCGAAACUCGAGAGCCUCACUGCCGUGGACGCUGACGUUCAGCUCUGCCCCGAUGCCGUCCCGUGCCUCGCGCACGUGAGCCUCGUCUUCUCGAUUCGCCCACUAUAUUACUGGAUUCUGAACCACACUAUCUCCAUGUUCAUGCUCGUCUUGAAAGAUGCCAUCGAUAUCAGGAGUCUCAUUCUUCGGUUCACGGGGCCAGAGAUGUGGAUUGCGCGGACUAAGAAUCCCUUUCCUCGGAUGCCCAAUCUGAAGAAGCUGCUUGUUGCGGACGUGCCUUCCUCCUGGGACGUCUCGUGGCCCCACGUCCUCAUCCAGGCAGCGCCACUGCUUGAGAGCCUCCAUGUCCAUGUCUCCCAAUGCGAACAUGAGGAGCAAGAGCCAAGCCAACAUGCAUCGUACGCGCAGCCUUUAGCUUCGCAGCGCCACCGCCAUUUGAAGGAGCUGGUGGUUGUUGGCUUCGAGAGGAUGAGUAUGCAGCUAAUUCACCUUGUGAAGUUCACCGUGGAUACUUCGGCCGUGCUGUGCCGUGUUGAUCUGCUCAAGCGCGGCCAUGUCGAGUACAAGGGACCCUGGGACUGGGAGAUGGUGAGCCAGCAAAGCACCUGGAGCAACGAGGAUAAACUUGCCGUCCUGGAUGGGAUUGGCUCUUCGGCAGCCCAAAUUGAAGUGGUGCUAGGCUGAAUUAAAUAUGUGUACUGUAUGUCUUACAAUAUGGUGGCUUGAUUUUGGGAAUUUGGGAAGAAAUCAGAAGCUUUCAACUACAUCCAGGUUCUGAAGAUUGCUGGACGUGGCUCUGGGAGGCAAAAUGAGUGUACACAGCCAGAUCAGUACAUAACGUAAACUUUGUCAGCUUGACGAGAUGUGACUCUGCCCUCUUGGUCGAUGCUCUGUUGUAUAUUUUCUGCCUGUUUUUUCAUUCAAGGUAGAAUCUGGACUGCUAACAGGUUAACGAGACGAGGACUCCCUCGCAACGACAAAUGUGUGUGCUGCAAUGCCAUGGAGGAGAAUGCUCAACACCUGUUUGGGGAUCAAUCCUCAAUUGGGCAGGCUUUAAUUAUAACCACAAACCUGAACCUUAGAUUUUGGUGGACGCAUGCGAGAGAAAACCUGCAGGCUACUGAGAAGAAGAAACUCAACAAUGCAUGAACAGUUUGGCGAGAAUGAAGCGGGCAAGUCUUGAAAAUGAGCGCAGAAGCAUACAACAGAUCAUCAGCAAGAUCAAGACAGCUGCAUUGGGCAUGGGUGAGCUGGGGUCGUUUCGUUUAAAACACGGAUGAAGGGUAGUUUACUUCAGUUCAUUUCGUUGGCAUGUUCUGAUACAUGCUCUCUUUUUUCCCCUGUCGUGGUUUUGGUUGGGAGCUAGUAGGCUGCUAGUUUCUCCUCUUAUUUUCUGUUCCGAUUUGGUUUUUUUCUGUCUUUUGGCAUUUGCAUUCAGUCGUUGCUUGAUUUAUCUUCUUUCAGGGCAAGAUUGAUCGAUAUA